CAAGAAUUUGAUUAAUAUGAUUGAAUGCUUUGCCUAUUGUUUUCUUUUUAAUUUUUUUGUGCUUUCUAGAAUGACUUUUAACAGGUGGAGGAAAUUGGAUUAAUAUCGGUCUUGGUGCUCUAUUCUUAUUUCAUCUGCUCUUCCCUCUCUCUCCCUUUAGAAUCACGAAAGGACCAAGCUCUUGCAAUUUCUCGAUGAAAUUGUUUAGGUGGCUGAUAGCUGACAAUUGUUAAUGGCAGAGGUUCUUGGGUGAAUUAGAGGUUCUCAGUGUCUGCAGCUUGCAUGGUCCCCAUCUUGAAUUUGCUAUCGACAUUUUUAUGCAUCACAAGCUGUGGCAUAGGAAUUAUAAGCAUUAUUAUGUUUUGUCUACAGUUAACUUCUCAUCUUCUUUGUAUCCUUUGUGCCUUUAUGCUCAAAAUUAUUUCUUUUGUCACCGUCCAAUGAUAUUGAUAAUCCAUCUAUUGGAAAACCUGGAUAUUUGUUAUCUUUCAGUUGAAGGAAAGGAUUGCUUAAUCAGGGCUUUAUGCAAUGCGAGGAGAGAAUGGUAUAUCAUACUUUCAAUAACAUAUGGUUGAUCUCGGAAUGCCUCGUCGCGCACCACAUUCAGAGAUCCUUAUACUUCCAUGAAUCUUGAAGCAAUGUUUCAUCCCUUUUGUUUUAUCUCAUUGACACUAAUUUAAUAUUAGAGGCUUAUGUAAAGUUCUAUUGGGAUCAUGAAUGGUACUUGGAAGAAAUAACUUUGUAGAUCAUUAAGGAUAAACUAAAAGUUCCCUCUUUGCUAUGCAAAAUGCAUAACUUGUUGAGUGUCAGGUUGCUGCACAAAGCCAGCUAAAUGUUCAUGGGUACAACUAUUACAGAACCCAAAUGACAGGAGGUGUAAAGGAAUUUACGCUUACCUAAAGCUCUAGAGAUGAAAAGCCUUUUCUCAGAACCUUUGUGUGAGGCCAAAUUUCUUUAGACCUUUCAUGUGUGUCAAUAUGGAUUAAAAUGUUCAACUUAUUCAAAAUCAUAAUCAGAUACUAUCUUGAUGGUUGUCAUUGAUGGUAAGAUGGAACUUAGGGAAAUCUUGGAUUCUUUUGGAUAGGAGAGCUUGAUAGCUUAAUACAGCUUGCAUUUUUAGUUACAUAUAUGUUCUAUUGGCAGGUAUGUAUAACUUAGAGGUUUUAAGGCAUUUGAUUGCAUCAUUCUAUAUCCCAAGUUUUCUUUACUUAGUUAUUAGCUAUUAUGAUUCUCACUUCUAAAAUUAAGUGACAUUUAGCAUCCUCUCGAUACGGGGCUCACUUGAUGUAAGUUUAUUAAGAAAAUAAGCAUCCCAGCAUAUGAGGCUCUCACCACUGUGGGGUUUGGAGAGGGUUAUCUAUAUGCCGUAUUGUCCCCAUGUGUGGAGAGGCUAUGUCUGUGAUUUGAACCUAUGACACCAAGAUCAUAAUGGAGCAACCUUACCUUAUACUUAAUGUAACUUUAGUAAAUUGACAUUUUGUUCUUUUAUGGCAGAUGGCAAAUAUGUUGGGCAGCAAUCCUUCUCUUCUGCAGGGAAGCCAAAGCCUUGCAUGAAAUUUUUCAGAGUCAAAACUAGCAACUUGAAUGUUCUUGGAGCCAUUUGUCCGAUGUAGAGCAUUGCUACCGAGAAAGGAAUUUCACUGUACAUCUGGGUGCCCUUUUGGUGAAUCUUGCCACUUCCUACAUUAUGUACCUGGGGGCCUCAGCUCUUUGGGUCUAGCCCCUGUGAUCUCACUCUCUGCUGCAUUGGCUUCUGCCCUGCAGAAGAAAGCAACAUGUCCAGUAGGAGAUCCAAGUGUCAUGGUUAAUGGCUACAAAACAAAGCUCUGCAACAGGUUCAACACUGCCGAGGGCUGUAAGUUUGGUGAUAGGUGUCACUUUGCUCAUGGAGAGGGUGAAUUGCGUUCACCAAAUAAUGUCUCUCGAGGUAGCAAGCGACCUCUUCCAAAUGGGCCAACGGGUACAGCACCUGGAUUCGGCAAUGGAGGCUCCUAUAAUUUUGCUAAUCCAACUGGUUAUUCAGGUCCACCUGGAAUAAUUUCAAAUCUCACUGCCCAAGGCUAUGUGGAAGCAAAUCAACCUGGUGUUGCUGGUAAUAACCCUGGUUCUGUUGCCUAUCCGCAUGGCAAUGUACCAGUUUUUUAGUAAAAGAGAUGCUAAUGUUGUAUCCCUGGUUGCUUUUACCUUUAAAUGUCGCUUUUGAAGAAGAGCAUUUUCAGCAGAUCAAUAUAAGGCAUGGCCUGCCUUGUAAAGCUUCCAUUUUAAUGUCAUUGGUGGUUCUUCAGAGUUAUAUGAGACCUCUAUCUUUUCCUUUUCUGAGACGAGUUCUUGAACAAUAGUUUCGAAGGAAGAGUUGCUAAAUGAUCCUUUGAUAGGGCCAUUAUCAACAAAUAGCUUUGCUGGCCUAAAUUUGGAGAUUUUUGUAAUGUUAUUAUCUGUUCAAGUACAAUUUAUUUUGCAUUAAUUUAGUUAAUCUAAUUGA